UUUCCUCUUCAUAAAUCCCACGUUUCGAAUCGAAAUCACGCUGACAACAGAGUUCCACUCGCCCAAGCUACGCAGGUCCAAAACCAAACGCACCUCAUUCAAACGGGCAAAAAAUGUCUGUCACGUGACACGGCGUGUUUACUUUCGCCUUGACAUUCAAGUGGCUAAAUGCGGUUGGAGCGUUUGGCCCCAGCAUCUUUUAAUCUUAUAUCGGCAAGCGUCUGAAGAAACACGUACAGCUCGGAGCCCAAAAUGAGCACGUUUCACGAACGAAUGCGACAUUUCGUGGCUGAUUAUGAUGACGCACUUGAGCAGCAAAUAGUGAGACGAGGUUCAUACCUGGCAUGCAGCAAUGAGGAGCUGUGGAAGCAGGUGGAGGAGCUGCUAAGCAACAAAAAUGCUCAAGAAACACACUGCUUGAGUCUAGAUCCUCUGAAGAUUAUGGAGGAGUCACUCAAAGUGGAAGCAGCAUUAGCAAAAGCACCCAAAGCAAGUAGUGGCAAGCAAGUGAAAGCAAGAAGAGGACUAUGGGGCCUUGCCAAGGCAUUUGAGGUUCUGGAGCAAGCAGCUUUGAAUCUGUACCUUGGACCCUGGAGGGAAGAGUACAAAGUUGUCAAGAUGUACUCGGGCAUGUUCACACACUACAUCAAACCGGUGCUGUCAUUGGCACAGAUUGAGAAACUGUUUGGUUUGCUUGGAUACCAACGCUCAACACGGCGGGAGCAGCUUCAUCUCCAGUUGCACACAGUCAGCCCAUUGAUUUUGGAUGAUCUCCUCUGUCUGUCAUGCGCCUUUUAUCUGGCACGCUGCGAGUGUCAGCUCCUUCUGACGGCCCUGGAGGCUCAUGGUGGUGACCCCCGAUGGGAGCUAUGUAUGGUCAGAGAAAGACUGCGGGGAUAUGUCCUACAGGUUGCGCUGGACAACACGAAGAGGAUAAUGGGAUUCAAGCAGCCAUUGAUGUCUGAGUCUGAUGAAGAAUCAGACGUGGAUCUGUAUACAGACAAGCAGGUCAAUGAGGGGCAGAGAGGGAUGCUUGUCCCUAAUGAUGACUGUUCCAGCUCAUUAUCGUGGGGUCCACUGCCUGUUAAAUUGUACCACAAUGGAUCACUGUCUUCAUCAUCCCAAGCCAUGAAAGAAUAUGUUUCUGUUUCAACACUUAGCUGCCAGGUUACCAGUAAGUCUGAAUCAGAACCAUUCAGGGGCUCCUCAGCCAGAGUGAGCCAACCCAGCAAUGCUGGUGGGAAGAUAACUGCUGAUUCACCACCUUAUGGCCGACAGGAAGAUGGGGUGGGGAUGGGAAAGAAUGAGGAUGAAAGCAACCACCUUUGCAGCUCCCUCCAAUCUCCUAACCUGUACUUGAACCAGUGUAUUGAAUGCAACAGCGCCCAUAAUAUCUCCAGUGCUGUGCUUCAGCAUUACUCACAGGGAGGGAACUCAGUGCUGUUGCCUGACGACAUGAAAGAAUCAGCAGCGCUGUCACCUCCCAGACAAAAUGUCAGGCCACAAGCUUUGAAUUUGUCACUAACUCUCAGCAGCAGUGCUGCGGCAAUGUCCUCUUUAGCUUUAUGUGAUAACCCAAAACCACUGAUACCCAUUUAUCAUCCAAUAAGUUAUCAUGACUGUUGCGACCUCAGCCACCUUGAUUCCUAGGUUGUGUACUUCAACUGCAGUUUUUUUUCACUCGGCUCCCUGCACACAUUCAAAACACUGGGAAAGUUUUGCUUUGGGAAGGCUUGUUCCAGAAAGCCUUUGGUUUUGUGCGGAUAUUGUGGAAAUUAGUAUUGUGGGUGUAGAAAUUUUCUCUAAUGUGUCUGUGGCCAAACUCUUGACUUGGCAUCUUCUCUGUUAUUGGUCAGUACUUGUCAGGCAAAGCUUAUUCUAGUUUCAGUGCCUUAAAUGUGCAGAAUUGGGGGAAAGAAAGCACAAUGAACCUGGCGCUCAAAUGACUUGACCUUGACUUAAUUAAAAAAUUGCCCUAUUGACA